AUGGCCGCCAGCCCAGCCGCAGGCGGCGAGAUUAUCUAUGACGAAAAGAUACACCAGACCUCUAGGAGCAGCGUGUCCACCACAACGUUGGUGUACGCAAGCCUCCGGAACUUGGACGCCACAGCCGCGCCCGGCAGCCACAAAGGCACUUCCAGUGAGAUCGAUAGACACAGCAACGCCGAGACACGCUCAGAUCACACUGCAGGUGAUGCCGGGACGUCUGCCGGCAGACAGGCCGCUUCGACGGGCGAGAAUGUGGCCCCAACGCCGGGGCAGGGUGCCGAUGGCGCAGGAUCAUCGCCCAAGCACACACGCACAGCACUCCAGACGACCCUCAUUGUCAUCUCACUCUGCCUGGGUGUCUUCCUGGCCGCCCUGGAUGUCAACAUAGUCACUGUGGCCGUGCCCAGUAUAUCUGCCGACUUUGACUCCACCGCUGGCUACACCUGGGUUGGCUCUGCCUACCUGCUCGCCAACGCCGCGGCGGCGCCCGGCUGGGGCAAGAUAUCCGACAUCUGGGGCCGCAAGCCCGUCCUGUUGACCGCGGUGAGCGUCUUCUGGAUCGGUUCGCUGCUGUCGGGUGUGAGCGUCAACAUGGGGAUGCUGAUCGUCGGCCGGGCGGUCCAGGGCGUCGGCGCUGGAGGCAUCCUGAUCUUGGUCAACAUCUGCAUCAGCGACUUGUUUUCAAUGAGAAGGAAAGGGCAGUUCCUUGGCAUCAACGGCUUGGUGUGGGCUCUGGCAGGGGGCUUCGGGCCGGUACUUGGCGGCGUCUUUACUCAACGGGCUAGCUGGCGAUGGUGCUUUUAUAUCAAUCUCCCAAUCUCAGGCUGCGCAAUGGUGGUGCUCUUUUUCACGCUUCAUCUUCACAACCCCCGCACGGGCGUCAAGGAGGGCCUCACAGCAAUCGACUGGCUCGGCUCGCUGACCAUUGUAGGCGGCACUCUAAUGAUCCUCCUUGGCCUCGAGUUCGGCGGUGUGACGUUCCCCUGGGACUCGGCUACCGUCAUCUGCCUGAUCGUGUUCGGCGUCGUGCUCAUUGGCAUAUUCAUCUUGGUCGAGCUCAGGGUGGCCAAGUACCCCGUCAUCCCGCUGCACAUCUUCAAGCAGCCGUCCAACCUUGCUGUCGUCGGGCUCAACGCCUGCCACGGCUUCGUGUUCAUCUCGGUGAGCUACUACCUGCCGCUAUACUUCCAAGGUGUUUUAGGUGCAGACCCUCUGUUGUCUGGCGUCUAUGCCCUGCCUUUCACAUUUGUUGUAGGUGCUGCGGCAGCUGCAACAGGCUUCAUUAUUAAGAAGACGGGGAAAUAUGUCCCUUAUAUCAUCUUUGGCUUCGUGUUUAUGACGCUCGGCUAUGGCCUGUUUCUCGACCUUGACCUAUACGAGAACUGGGCCAAGAUUGUCAUCUAUCAGAUCAUCCUCGGCCUCGGCGUGGGACCAAACUUCCAAUCGCCUCUCAUAGCGCUGCAGGCCACUGUUAAGCCAAACGACAUCGCAAGCGCCACCGCGACCUACGGGUUCAUAAGACAGGUCUCAACCUCAAUGUCCGUCGUUAUAGGCGGCGUCAUCUUCCAGAAUAAGAUGCAGAAGCAGUACCCUGCCCUACUGAACCAGCUCGGCCCGGACGUCGCGGGCAUGCUGAGCGGGACCAAUGCGGCCUCGAGUGUCGAGGCGGUGUCCGGCCUCCCGCAGCCCCAGAGGGGCAUCGCCCAGCGGGCCUACUUCGAUGCCAUCCGCAUCAUGUUCAUCUUCUACGUGGCCUUUGCCGGCCUGGGCCUCAUCCUCACCUUCCUUGUCGGCAGCCGCAAGCUGAGCAAGGAGCACACGGAGCACAAGACGGGCCUGCAGACGCUGCAGCCUGCCAGGGGCCCCGUCGCGGACGAGGAGAAGGGGGUUGGUGGGGCGGGGGCCGGGCCUGCGCCGGCACGCGGGGCUGGAGCAGAGGAGGCUGCUUCUAAAACCCUCAAGACGCAGGCAUGA